GCCGGGCCGCGGGUGGGGAGCGAGGCGGGUCGGGGGGCCGCGGGGCUCCCGGGCGCCUGGGUCCCGCGGCGGUGGUGGCAGGACGCGGGUGCCAGCCACUCCGAGCUGCGGCGACCGCACCCCGGGCGGCCCGCCGGGGCCGGGACCCCGGGAGAGGUUGGCUGGCGCAGCUUGGGGACGCGGCCGGUGAACCCGGCUCGGGUGCCGACUCGCGCAGAGGGGGAGCAAGCCGCGUGCGAGCGCCGGGUCCCCGGGGCGCCGUUCCGAGCCGCGGGUGGUGUGAGCGCACCGUGGGACGGCGGCCGAACUUGGUGUCCCCGGGAGCGCCGACCUCGGUCCCUUCCUGCACCUCCUGCGACCUGAGCACAACUCCUCCCCAGGAACCUCCUCCCGCUGUUCUCCUGGGAUCCCAGAGCACCUGCCCGCCCUCUUGUCCCCCCACCCACUCCUAGUGAACAGCUCUGUGCAACACGGCUCAGAGGGAGGGGGCUGACGCGAACAGGAGUGAGCAGGAGCCCCUGCAAGUUCCCAGGUCUGCAAGCCUGGCUCAUCUGAUCGGAUGCUCUGAGCUCAGCCUGAGCAAGCAGCCCCCAGGAUUCCAAGGAGCCCCCAAGAAGGAGAGCCUCACCCUAGAACGGCAGCAGCUCAUACCCUCAGAGGGUGCCCGUCCGCUGUUCCCUGGCCCAGCCCUGGGCCCGUGGUGCAGAAGCAGGGGCCCCGCUAGCUGUCAGCUCCCCGGAGGACAUUUGGGAGGGGCCGGGGGUGGCUUCUGAGCUCCUGAGCCUGAGCAGCCCCGCCUUGCUCUCCCCAUGCCCCUGAAGCCACAGGGGUGCUGAGAAAUUCCCCAAAUGUACCCACCCCCUCUCACCUUGGCUUGUGCUCUCUGCUCCUCCUCUUUCCACACCCACCCGACUCCUACUCAUCUUCCAAAGUGCAAGUGUCAGGUGUCCUCUCCUCCGGGAAGCCUUCCUUGACCACCUCUCCAUUUCUCCUUGGGGCCUCCUUGGCUUCCUUUAGGCCGGAUCAUCCUGAGAUGUCAUUGCCGGUUUCUGGGUGUGCCUCUCCCCACUUUGACCAUGAGUUCAUUGAGAUCGGGGAAGGGUCGGACCUGCCUCAGAGUGCCCACGUGCUCUGUUCAGGGACAGGCAUAGAUAGGUUUCCGCACCUGCAGGGGGCCGGGACUGCCUGUCCCCUGAGGAUGGCCUUCAGGGUGGGGACCUGCUCCGUGGUCAGCCUGGCCAUGGCGUUGCUGCCUGCAGCCCCAGCCUAUAAUUCCCAUGCUGUUUCCUGCCCCCCUUGGCUUCCCAGGAUGCCCCAGUCCUCCUGGCUUUGCCACCUGUCAACAUCUCACCCUCUUAAUUAGUUGUAGAGAGGUCACAAUCCUCUCACUUAACUCUCCCAGCAACCCUCGGGGGCGGGUGCUGUCGGGGCCUGCGAGGACGGUGAGGUUGGGGUUCUGGAGUGGCGAGCCUUGUCCAGAACUGCAUGGCUGACAGUGGCAGAACCGGGAUUUCCCACCUGCCCCGUGCCCUCCCUGGUUCUGGGCCCAGGCCCUCUAUCUCCCCUGAGCACACCAUCCCUGGCAGGGACAGGCAGCAGGGGGUCUCCAGAGCAAUACUGGACCCUGUGCACUACCACGCAGGACAGGGUCUGCCAGCUUAGUGGGUGGCACAUUCCAGAACCAUGCUAGCAGAGGAGAUGGAAUGCUGUCUAACCACCCUGGAAAAUCUGCAGCCCUGGUUUUGGGCUCACUAGCCCAGGGCCACAGAUGGGGGAGGAGCAAAGCCAGGUCACAGGUCGAUACUCCGCAUGCUGGGGUUAGCUCUGCCCGUGACUUUGGGUAAGACUGGAGCUACAGUUUCUGGCCUUAGUUUUUCUGCUGUAAAAUAGGUGCAAUAGCCAUCAUGGAUGCCUCGCACCAGGAAAGCACCAAGAAGAGUGGGUGGCAGGCUUGGCCAGUCGCACACUUCUCUAGAGAACUGACCAGGCAGGGAGAGCCGUGGGGAGGCCAGGGCCCUGCCGGACAGCUUCUGAGGUCAGACACACCAAGGCUGCUCUGCCGUGGGCUCGCUGAGUCCCAGGGUUAGGUGAGAAGUGGCACAGCCCAUCUCUUGUGUUGGAAGGCAAGGGAGCACGUCCCUGCACAAAGAUGCAGCCAUGGGAACUGCUUCUGCUGUGCUGAGAUGGGAGAUGGGGAGGGUGGGCUUCCUGGGAGGGUGGCAGGGGCCCACCAGCCAGCGCCUUGAGUCCUGGAGUCCUGGGAUGAGGAGCUUGGACAUCAGCUUAGGAGCACUAGAGAGCUGUGGAAGUCUUUUUUUUUUUUUUAAUCAAUUAACUUAUUUGAAGGCAGAGUUACAGAGAGGCAGAGAGAGAGAGAGAGAUCUUUCAUCUGUUGGUUCACUUCCCUAAUGGCCACAUCAGCUAGGACUGUGCCAGGCUGAAGCCAGGAGCCAAGAGCUUCUUCUGAGUCUCCCACGUGGGUGCAGUGAUCCAAGGACUUGGGCCUUUUCCACUGUUUUCCCAGGCACAUUAGCAGAGAGCUGGAUGGAAAUGGAGCAGCUGGGACUCGAACUGGCGCUCAUGUGGAUGUUGGCAUUGUGGGCAGCAGCUUAACCCACUGCGCCACAGCACCAGCCCCCUGUGGCAGGGUUUAGAGCUCGGCAGCUGCUGUCAGAUUUGUGUUUUAGGAUGACCAUUGGGCUGCAGUGUGAAGGCGGGAAGGCUAGGCAGAUCCGGGGACCAGGAGGCCAGGGAGGAGGCUCUGCAGUGGCUGGUGGUCGGGCCUAAGGCUGCGUGAUGUGGCCGUGCGGUGCCUCCAGAACUCCCGGGGCUGAGCGAGUUCCCUGCAGCCGGUCCAGGCGGGUGCAUUCAUGAGUGAGGAACCUGAGCCGGCACCAAGCAUCCUGACAGCGAGAACAAGGGCCGGUCAGGUACAGGACGAUGGCAGCAGGCCCGGACCCCUGGAAUGGCACUGCCAACGGCACGUGGGAAGGGGAUGAGCUGGGCUACAAGUGCCGCUUCAAUGAAGACUUCAAGUACGUGCUGCUGCCCGUGUCCUACGGCACCGUGUGCGUGCUGGGGCUGUGUCUGAACGUCGUGGCGCUCUACAUCUUCCUGUGCCGCCUCAAGACCUGGAACGCCUCCACCACCUACAUGUUCCACCUGGCCGUGUCCGACGCGCUCUACGCCGCCUCCCUGCCACUGCUGGUCUACUACUACGCCCGCGGCGACCACUGGCCCUUCGGCGCGGUGCUCUGCAAGCUGGUGCGCUUCCUCUUCUACACCAACCUGUACUGCAGCAUCCUCUUCCUCACGUGCAUCAGCGUGCACCGCUGCCUGGGCGUGCUGCGGCCCCUGCUCUCCCUGCGCUGGGGCCGGGCGCGCUACGCCCGCCGGGUGGCCACCGCCGUGUGGGUGCUGGUGCUGGCCUGCCAGGCCCCCGUGCUGCACUUCGUCACCACCAGCGCUCGCGGGGGCCGCGUCACCUGCCACGACACCUCGGCGCCUGAGCUGUUCGGCCGCUUCAUGGCCUACAGCUCCGUCAUGCUGGGCCUGCUCUUCGCCCUGCCCUUCGCCGUCAUCCUGGUCUGCUACGUGCUCAUGGCUCGGCGGCUGCUCCGGCCGGCCUACGGCACCACGGGGGGCCUGCCGCGGGCCAAGCGCAAGUCGGUGCGCACCAUCGCCGUGGUGCUGGCCGUCUUCGCCAUCUGCUUCCUGCCCUUCCACGUCACCCGCACCCUCUACUACUCCUUCCGCUCCCUGGACCUCAGCUGCCACACGCUCAACGCCAUCAACAUGGCCUACAAGGUCACCCGGCCGCUGGCCAGUGCCAACAGCUGCCUCGACCCUGUGCUCUACUUCUUGGCUGGCCAGAGGCUCGUGCGCUUUGCCCGCGAUGCCAAGCCGCCCACAGACCCCAGCCCUGAGCCCCGGGCCCGCCGCAGGCUGGGCCUGCGCAGAUCCGACAGGACAGAUACCAAGAGGACAGCAGAUGUGUCAGCCAGCAGUGAGGCCACACGGCAGACGGCGUGUGCUGCGGGCGGUGGCGAGAACACUAAGGACAUCCGGCUGUAGGCCCUGAGCCCCUCGGGCUGUGCACCUGUCCAGGGCGGGAGUCGUGGGAGACCAGGGCUUGUUCAGGUGGGAGAUGCACCAUCUGUAACCCAGGCCGGUCAUCCUGGGGGUGAUGACCCUGUGGUCUGUCCCUUGGCAGAGUCACCCAUCCCUGUGGCCCCCAGUCAUCAUUUGCACAUUCUCAAAUAAGUGUUCGAGAAAGGCCACGGCCACCUGGCUUCCAGGCUAGCAGCUGGCCACGCCUGCUACACUACUCCAGCCUAAUGAAGUCGGAUGCAGAAUCAGGCCCAGAGAGGGAGGUGGUUUACCAAUGUCACGCAGCAGGCACAGGGCCUGGGCUCCCCUGGGUAAGUGGUCAGGACUGAGUGCCCACUGUGGUGUGGAGCAGGGCUGGGUGCCACGGUGGGCUCAGCCCCGAGGGGCAUCCCAAGCCCAAGGGAUGGACAUCUGGGGACUCCCCAGGGCUGGGAACUACUUCGAGGCUGUGACUUCUACUAAAGGUUAUGUUGCCUGCUGG